ACGUCAAUCGCGUUUUCGUAAAGUGGAGGGCUGCGAUUUUCGGCGUUUUGUAUUGAAGAUUGAUUACUGCAAAAUGUAAACAAGUAAGAUUUACCGUAAAAUCAUCGUUGUUUUUGUGAAUUACUCUUAAUUCGACAUGCCGCCGGUCAAUUCCAAGACGAAGAAGAACGGCGCAGAAUAUGAGAACAUAAUACCUACAAAAUGUUCAGCAUUGGAUUUUGAAAGAUACAUUCAGGAAAAUAAGACUCUACUACUGAAUGACCCACUCCGAGACAUCCUGCUGUAUCCAUCUGAUGAUGUAUCUAGCGUAGUCCUACCGCGGAGAUGGAGGACAGUGACGACAGCGGUGCCGGACGUGCGCACGGCCGCUACUUGUCCGCUGCUCACGCGGCAGGCUCUGCUGAGCUACGCCUCCAGCUGGAACCUCAUACACUACAAGUACAGCAGCUACUCCGGGACUUACCUUAACUUGCCAAGAACAAUAGACAAUAAAUUGCCGGAAGAAGUAUACGACUUAGACGCGGAGAUUGAAAGCGACAAUGAAGCUCAAGCGAAGGUGGAUGUUGGUACCAAAGAGGGGUACUUGCUCAAAGGUCCCGAGAUCGGCUCAGAGAGGAUCUUCAGCAAUCUUGCCUCGAAAUCCUUUAAGAAACGCUAUUGCUCAAUGGUUAGAGAAGCGGACGGAACUUAUAUUUUGGAGGUUUACAAAGAUGACAAGAAAACAGAUACGAAGCUCACUAUUGUCAUGGACUUUUGUUCGGAUGUGGUUAAAAACUCAAAACGCGGUAGAUUCGCCUUUGAGUUACGCAUGGCCGGUGGCAAGGGGUAUACGUUCUCGUCAGACAAUGAAGAGGAAAUGAAUGACUGGAUCACUGCUUUCAAAGCAGCGCUAAAGAAAAGUCACGACCAUCAAGGAGGUCAUCCCAAUGACGAAGUUUUAGACAAAGAUGCGGACAUGUCACUAACAGCAGAACCUCCGCCCCCUACAUACGGCACUCUCAAAGGUCUGGAACACAGCAUGAACCCACUCUUGAUGCGGUAUUCUCGAGAGACCGACCUGUCCAUCGCAGCGGCAAGGAACGACUGCCGGACUAACAUCUUCACCUUGCCGUUCAAGCGAGCUACUUCGCCCGAACCUCAGUUAGAACCAUUCAAAGAACAUUUUGGCCAAAGAAUAUUGCUCAAAUGUGAAAGUUUAAAGUUUAGGUUACAAGCACCGAUUGAUGGCGAUAAGGAACUUUUAUGCCAAGUGGAGCCUUACUUCACAUAUCUGGCUGUAUACGACGCGAGACUUGGAAGGAAACUAACUGAGAACUUCCACUUCGACCUCAAUCACGACGCGGUAAAGGAUCUAGUCAAAGAUACAGAGUGCACAAAGUCAUUAGUUGAAAAUUUUAGCUACGAUGUUAAGUUAGACGUUAAACAAAUACCCGAUGAAUGGUUUCGAUCAAAGAAACAGGUUCUUCUAUCAGUGAACAAUCCUCACCCGGAUUUGUUCCUAGUUGUGAGAAUCGACAAAAUACUCCAAGGCCACGUGAGUCAGGUGCUGGAACCUUACCUCAAGGCUACAAAGGACCCCCGCUUGGGCCUCAAAGUCCACAAAAAUGUGCAGGCCUAUGCCAACCGUGUGGGGACCUACAGGAUGCCUUUUGCUUGGGCUGCUAAACCUCUAUUCAAAUUAUACAGUAACGAUUUGGAUGCGACGCCGGAGUUUCCCGCCAUUUAUCGCCAAGAGCCGAACAAAAUGUCCGACGAAGACUUGAUGAAGAUCCUCUCGGACUUUAGGAAACCAGAGAAAUUGGCUAAACUCACUGUGAUUCCUGGCUGGCUGAAUAUUAACAUUCAACACAGCACUGAACAAAUACCAAAUUGCAUGACAAGCGCAUUCGCAGCGUUGAAGCCGUUCCCACUGCCGCCUACAUCGCCGCUCACUCUAGAGCUGGCGACACUGAAUUGGGAACCAGAGCAGCCAUACGCAGCGUACAUACAUCACUUGUAUGUACGCCCUCUAUCACUCAACUUCGAGUCGCAGAAGAUGUUCGUCCGAGCUAGAAAUAUCGCUUGCUCUGUCGAACUGAGGGAUUGUGAUUCUGGGGAUAAUAAACCCUUGCAGGCGGUGUACGGCCGGUCGGGCAUGACAACGCAAUACCGGUGCUCAGUGCUCCACCACAACGCCAACCCGUCGUGGAGCGACGAGGCCAAGAUCCGCCUGCCAGCCACCAUCACGCCGCAACACCACCUGUUGUUCACCUUCCACCACAUAUCCUGCGACCUUGCCAAGAAGAACGACGCCAAUGUCGAAACUUGUAUUGGGUACGCAUGGGUGCCAUUACUGAAGAACGAUAAAAUCGUCGAUGAGAUAGUAAACUUGCCGAUCGCAACUCACUUGCCAUCAGGAUAUCUCGCCAUUCAACCUCUCGGUCUUGGCAAAGGGAACGCAGGCCCAGACGUGGUAUGGGUAGAGGGCGAGAAACAGCUGUUCCGUUGCCAAUUAGUCCUCGACUCUACAGUGGCAACAAGAGACUCCCACUUGCACAACCUGUUCAGUCAAGCGGAGAGACUGAUCAAGGCCAAUUCGCCCUCCACCUCGCCUUCUCCACCACCGUGGAAUGACGUGCUCACAGCUCUGAAAGCUGCACAUGCGAUCAAACUGAGCUCCUUAGUUGCUUUCCUGCCAACUAUACUGAACCAGUUGUUUGAGUUGAUGACUGUAGAGAAAAGCUAUUCCCACGACAUGGGGUACCAAAUCGUGAAAUUGAUAGUGCAUUUUGUUCACAUGAUCCAUGACUAUGGCCGGAAAGAUUUGCUCGACAGUUACGUCAAGUACGUAUUCAACUGCGUGGAGUUCAAGCUGCACACGGUACUGACCGCGCCGCUGCACAUGUUCGUGGACCCCAGCCAGCAGGACUUCUUAUUAGGGCAUAAGUUCAUGCAGUACUCCGGCUUCUUCUUUGACAUCAUCACUAAAAGCAUGGCGCAGUAUUUGAUCAAUACUGGACGGAUAAAGAUGUCACGACAUGAACGGUUCCAACUGGAUUUGUUGGACAACAUUGACAAAUUAGUGUCGACUGUCGAGCCGUCAUACAUCUUGCAGCAACCGAUGCAAACUCACAUAUUUAACAAGAAUCUCGCUACGUUCCUAAAGUCUUGCCUUUCCUUCAUGGACCGAGGCUUCGUGUUCCGCCAGAUAAGGAAGUACCUCGACAAAUUCAAGGCUUGCGACCCCAAAGCGUUGUUCGACUUCAAGUUCACGUUCCUACAAACGAUCUGUUCCCACGAACAUUUCGUGCCGUUCAACUUGCCGUUGCAAGCCAAUAAGAUCAUUAAAGAGACGGAGGAAGACCCGGCCAAGUUGAAACUGACUGACGAGUUCGUCAUGAGACAUUUCCUCGCCGGCACGCUGUUGAAACAGGUGGAACAAUCCCUCCGCGAAGCGCCACAGAAGCGACGCACGGCUCUAGGCGUGCUAAGAGCGUUGUUUACGAAGCAUGAACAUGACGAUAGAUACCGGACGCGGCAGAGUCGCGCGAGGAUUGCGCAGAUGUAUGCGCCGUGGUUGACCGUUGUACUGGAAAACGCUCAUCGUCUAGUAACAAAGGCACUAGCCAGUCCUGUGAUAGAGAACGGGCACGACAAACCAGACGGCGACGCAACUACAAUAUCCAUUCUCAACAACGCCUCCAAAGAAGUGGCCUCAGCCAACAGCACGCCUCGAAGAAACCGCCUAACACUACACUUCGACCACACGCCUGUGAGAAAUUCCGCUCAUUUCAAGGACCCACCAAUAGUGCAAACUAAUUUGUACAUAAAAGAUCACGCAAACAAAUCGUCACAAAGUUCUUUAGAGUCAGUCUCUACUAUGUCCGGGGGAGAUUCGCUUCCGAGGAACAUGACGCGGCUGGAUUUGAGUGAAAUUGGUGAUCAGGUAAACAGAUUCGGUGUGAUGUCCGCUGAGGAGGUGCGGGAUGUGCUUUUGUGUUUCCUGUUUGUGUUGAAGUACUUGGACGAGGAGAGGCUGGUGGAGUGGUGGAAGACGCACUCGCCGGCGCAACAGCAGGCAUUCUUUAACGUUUUAGAAAUAUGCGCCGAACAAUUCCAAUACGUAGGAAGAAAGAAGAUCCUAUCAGAGUUGAAGGCAACUACUCCAGAUUGCAACGGCAAACCGAAACCCAUCAAAGCAAGGACUCUACCAGCGCGGAUGAGUCCUCCGGACUUCUCAAAAGAACCUCCUAUUAUAGUGGAGAAGAACAAUACUGUUAACAGGGAAAAUCUUGUGACGGCUACUGUUGCUUCAGAACUGGAAUCUGUAGCAGAGCAUUCAGUAUUGUCCGCCGGUUGCCUGGCAACGGAGGUGGGGCUGAUCAUAAUAGACCGCGCAUGUCUGUUCAUGAAAAACCUCGGAGCCGCAGACGGGGUCGCUGCGAAGCCCUAUCUCAAGUUACUGACAUUCCCUCAAAGCGAGACGCUGUAUAAACAUGUAUUCGCUGCGUUGAGAGCUUACAUCAACCAGUUUUCUGAAACGCUGUUUGAAGGUGGCAGCACGCUGUGCGCAGGCGUAGUGAGCGCCGUGGUGAAGCUGUGCGAAGCGCGCGCCGCGUGGCUGCGCCGCGAGGCGGCCGCGGCGCUCUACCUGCUCAUGCGGGCCAACUUCCAGCAUGGCGCCGGCGGCAACCUCACGCGGGUGCAUCUUCAGGUCAUAAUAGCCGUAUCGAAGCUACUAGACAACUCAACAGCACUAAACUGCAAGCGUUUCCAAGAGUCAUUGUCUGUGAUCAAUUGCUUCGCGACGGGUGACAAGGCUAUGAAGGGCACGGGACUGUCCAAUGAGGUGGCGGAACUAAUGCGGCGCGUGCGCACUGUAGUCGGAGCGAGAGCUAGACUCGCUGGUGUAGGCGGUACCACUGGAUCAGGUGCUGGCAGCGUUCACCUGGCCGAGCUUCAACACGCAUUAGCGGCGUCUUGCCGAGCCACGCCGCGGCUGCGUCACGCAUGGCUGGCCACACUAGCUGAGCACAACGCCAGGCAGGGUGACCACGAUGAGGCGAUGUGUUGUCAACUACAUAUAGCAGCGCUGAUAGCAGAGUACUUGAAGCUGCGCGGCACGCAGACGUGGGGCGCGGACGUGUUCGGAGAGAUCUCCAUGAACAUAGCCAAGGAUGAGACCGGCCUUAAGAUUGACGAAGGAAUGGCGGAUGUCCAUUACAACGAGCAGGCGCUUCUCGAACAGCUGAUGAUAUGCACAGAGUUCGUGGACAAGGCCGAGAGAUACGAACUACUGGGGCCUCUGUAUCGUCUCAUCAUACCCAUCUACGAGCGAAGGAAGGACUACCAAGCUCUCCUUACCUGCUACCAGCACCUCACCAAAGCAUACGCUAAAGUGAUCGAAGUCACCAACUCUGGGAAACGGCUCCUCGGCAGGUUCUACAGGGUCGCGUUCUACGGCAAAGCGUAUUUCGGCGAGGACGAAGAGGGUGUAGAAUUCAUCUACAAGGAACCGAAGCUGACGUCACUUAGCGAGAUAUCAGAGAAGCUACAGAACUUCUACGAACAGAAGUUCGGCGCGGGACACGUCAAAAUGAUUAUGGACUCGGCUCCGGUGAAUCGUGACGAACUAGACAGCAAGCUAGCGCACAUCCAAGUGACGUGGGUUCGGGCGGCGCCUGAAGGCGUAGCCAGCGUGAGCACCGCCAGCGAGGGGUCCUUCGAGCGCGCUCACAACGUGCGGCGCUUCGUGUUCGAGACGCCCUUCACUAGGGAUGGGGCAGCAAGAGGCCCCGUGCACCAUCAGCGGCUCAGACUUACGCAUCUCACUGCGGAAACCUGGUUCCCAUACGUAAAGCGUCGGGCGCCUGUCAUCGAAACUCAGGUGGAAGAGAAGAGUCCUAUUGAGGUGGCCGUCUCCGAGAUGGAGGGACAAGUCGCCGAACUGACCGAGAUAGUCAACGCUAAAGCGCCUGAUCUUAAGAAAUUGCAACUCAGAUUACAAGGCAGUGUAUGCGUGCAGGUGAACGCCGGGCCUUUAGCGUACGCCAACGCUUUCCUGGAUCCCACACUAGCACAGAUGUACCCUGAAGAGAUGGUCGACAAACUCAAAGCCAUAUUUAAAGAGUUCCUGACUAUUUGCCACUCAGCGCUUCAGCUGAACGCGAAACUGAUCAGUUCCGACCAGGUUUCCUAUCACGAGGCAUUGGAGACCAACUACUACAAGCUGAGUGAUUCACUCGCCGGCAUAUUGGGGCAGCCGUUGCAAGAUAUACUGGUCAACGGGAGUCUUAGUACCACCGUCACCGGUGUCGAACUAGAAUCCAGCAACGCUUGAACUAUGGGCAACGAAACGGUUUAAAACUGGUGUGAUGUAAUGACAUCAUAGCUAGUGAUCGGAUAUUCUGGCGCUUAUAUACCUGAAGUUUUCCAGUUGACUAAUGUGCAUAGCUGUAUUGAAAGAAUCCCUCGAAACGGAUUGAUAAGAAACUCUAACGUUUUGUUCGAUCCGGGAGUUUCAUCAUCAAAAUUAUUCCGCUUCCAUGCUUUCAUAGCAUUUCGUGGGAUUUUAUAAAGUUUAGGUAAUAUCUGAUCACUGAACUUGACGUAAGAAAGAUUGUCCGCCAUAUUAUAAUACACUUUGGAAACGUCGCUUUAAUCUGGUCAGUAGGGCUUGCGCAACAUGAUAAAAUUUUGUCGCAGUAAUUUUAUCCAUUCUGACGAUAUAAUCAUGUCGUUUUGUCGAUUAGUGCUAAUAUGUGAACCCAAAUAAGUCAUAUCGUUGUGUUAAAAUGCGAACAAAAUCACGUGGUAUGCAUGUUACGGAAAAAAAACUUAUCAAUUUCGACAAAAUUUAUUGAAUCGAUCGACAAUUUCAUGACGUUAUGCAUGUUAGCCCUGCAGGAUUAUAAGCUUUCUAUCUUAGAACGUUAUAAGCGCAUACAAUAGUAAGAAAGUAUGCCAAUUUACCAAUUAGUCCAAUAUGUUCUCUAAAUUAAUCUGUUAAAGAUUACUCUUCUAUCAAAUGAUCUUUAAACGGUAUCAGUACUACGGGUUUAUUUUCUUACAAAGACUGUUCAAGUACUUCGUCAAUGUGAAAUUGAUUAACCAACACAUUCACUCAUUUCUUUACUAAUAAAUUGUAACUUAUUCACAUUAGGGAUAAGACGAAAGCCAUUUAAGGCAUUUCAAAUCGGAUUUUAUCACAAAAGUAUUUCAAAUAGUCAAUUACUGGUUCCAUCCUCCUUCACUUACCUUUGAUACCUAUUGGAAUUUUGAUGAGUGCCAUGAGUACCGCCAAAUAUGGCGUUAGGUGAACGGAACAACAAUGUAGCACAAAAUUACAUUAUUAGUACGAUUUAGGUAAGAUUUUAUACCUCCAUAAACGAACCUAAGAACCAUUUAUAAAUAUUAAGCGGUUUCUUGUCCCAGUCUGAGGGCGUGUCCCAUUUUUCAUACAUUCAUUCAUACAUAAAUAAGUUUUUUGUACUUUCCUACUAUUUUCUGAUUGUUGAAAUACUACUACUGUUCAUUCAUUUAUUUACGUAAUUAUUUAAGUUUGUUGUCAUUCAUAAUUAUUACAAAGAAAAAAGGGAUGGUAAUAUCUUUUGUUUUACAAUAGAAAAUUGGGACCUGAUACUUAUUUUUAUUGCGCUUUUCACAAAUCUAAAUAUGUUUUUCAACAUGCAUAACUUGCAUAAUGAAAAUAGGUAGUUUAUGGUAAAUAAAAUACUUGUAUUAGUUUGUAUGAACAAAUUUUAAGAAUAUAUUAUUGUCUGUUUUAUUUAUUUGUUGAUUGUCGAGUUAAGCCUUACUUUACAAAUCUAUCACAAACUUAAAACUAAUUAAUAUGAGUUAAGUGUUUCAUUCAUUCAUUCCAUGAUUAUUUAUUGGUGUUUCUUUUUAUAUUAUCAUAAUUUCUUUUGUCAGUAAAGAUAUUUUGUUUUUAACUAUUUGCUUUGUAAAAUAAGUACAUUCACAAACGUAAUAGAUUUGAUGUUAUGUAUUUUUCAUUUUCUUUAUUCAUCCCUAUUGUGUAUUAAGUAGGUACUUAAAUGACAAGAUGUUUUUUUUUAUGGAUUGGAGUAAAUAAAGAUUUGUUUACAAUUGUGAGAAUAUAGUAAUGCCAUUUAAAACAUGCUUAUUAAUAGUGAUACAUCCUUGUAGUCGUUACAGUAUAUCUAUAUACUUACCUACCUACCUAUUGUUAAAAUAUGUGCACGAAAUAUUAAGCGAGAAUUUUGUAUCGUCUACUCGAUUGUAAUCUGAAUUUCACUGUUUUAUUACAUUUUGUAAAAAAUA